AUGAAAAUACUUCAACUAUUGGUAUUGGCAGUACAUCUUACUAUAUCGAUAGCAACCAGUUCGUUGCAACACAAGCCAGGUUAUUGUAACACAUACGACAAUUGUGGUAAGAAAUCAGUUUUUGGUAAACCAUUGCCAUGUUCGACAUUCCAGCCGGCAGUGAAAGCAAGUAAGGAGUCAAUGGAUAAGUUGAAGGCAAUUUGCGGAGAAGAAUUUGAAUACAUUUGUUGCUCCCCUGAACAAAUUGACAGUUUAGAGCUGAACUUGAAAAGAGUUGAUCCUUUAAUAUCAUCUUGUCCUGCUUGUAGAAAGAAUUUUUAUGAUUUCUUUUGUCGUUUUAGUUGUUCUCCAAACGAAUCCCAGUUUGUUGAGAUUUUGAAAACCGAUAUCGCCAAGGAUACAGGUAAGGAAAUUGUUACUGAAAUUAACCAAUACGUCAACCCUGAUAUGGCUAAGAAAUUUUAUGAUUCAUGUAAGAAUGUCAAAUUCCUGGCAACUAAUGGCUUUGCUAUGGAUUUGAUUGGUGGUGGUGCCAAAAAUUACCUGCAGUUUCUUAAAUUCUUGGGUGAUGAAAAACCAUUAUUAGGAGGGUCACCUUACCAGAUUAAUUUCAAAUAUGAAUUGUCCAAAGAACAGGAACAAGCUGGUUUUGUUUUAAGAAAUGAAGAUGUCAAGUCGUGUGAUGAUGAAGUAUUCAAAUGUGCUUGUACUGAUUGUGAAGAGUCUUGUCCAAAAUUGCCUCAUGCUAGAGACUUGAAUAAGAAAUGUACUGUGGGGGUGUUGCCAUGCUUCUCAUUUACAAUUAUUAUUUUCUGGUCAUGUCUUAUCUUAAUGCUCGGUGGGUACCAUGUGUACUUGGCAAAGUUGAAGAGAGCAAGAGGAAGAAGAAUCUCCAUUGGUGCAGAAGAUGAUGACGAUGAUGAUAUCGAUACAAUGAUGGAUCCUGGGCGUUAUGUAAAUUUCACUAAACGUAGUGCCAAAGCAUUUCUGCAUAGAUUAUCAACACAAAUUCAGGAUGCAUUUGAAUUUGUCGGUUCAUUUUGUGCAAAUUUCCCAGGUAUUUCUAUUGGUGGAAGUUUAGCCAUUGCUAUUUUGCUUUCAUUCGGAUUAUUUAAACUACAAUUGGAAACAGAUCCGGUAAAGUUGUGGGUCAGCCCUGAAGACCAAUCGUAUAAGAAUCAACAAUACUUUGAAAAUAAUUUUGGUGAAUGGUUCAGAGUUGAGCAAGUAAUUGUUAGUUCCAAAACAGAUAAUCCAGUGUUGAAUUGGGAUGUUUUCAAAUGGUGGUUUGAAAAAGAAUCACAAUUGGAAGAUUUGAAUAAAAAUGUUUCACUUUCGGAUAUUUGUUUCAAGCCGUUAGGAAAUACUUGUGCUAUUCAGUCGUUUACACAGUAUUUCCAGGGAGACAUUACAGGACUUGAUGAGAAUAACUGGAGAGCUAAAUUGCAAAAUUGUGUCAACUCACCGGUGAAUUGCCUACCUACAUUCCAACAACCGUUGAAACCAAAUAUUUUAUUUGAUAAUAAUGACAUUUCAAAAGCGAAAGCAUUUACAGUCACAGUUUUAGUUAAUAGUGAUAGCAAGGAUAAAAAAUAUUCAGCCGAAACAGUUUCAUAUGAACACCUGUUUUUAGAAUGGGCUUCAGAGUUGGAAUCAUAUUUCCCAGAUAAGUUGAAUGUUGCCUAUAGUACAGAGAUUUCACUUAAGGAAGAGCUUAACCAAUCAUCAAACACAGAUGUCAGAACCAUUGCUAUUUCAUAUAUUCUUAUGUUCAUCUAUGCAUCCUUAGCGUUAGGAGGAAAAUUACCACAUGCUAAUUUGUUGUCAUUGGUUAAGACACGAUUCACGUUGGGAUUUGCUGGAAUUGUUAUAAUUUUGUUAUCGGUCACGGCAUCUGUUGGAUUCUUUUCGUUUAUUGGAUUGAGAUCUACGUUGAUUAUUGCUGAAGUUAUCCCAUUCUUGGUGUUGGCCAUUGGUAUAGAUAAUAUUUUCUUGAUUGUUCAUGAAUUACAUGUCAUUUCUGAAGUGCAACCUGACAAAGAAAUUCCUAUUCGAAUUGCCCAGGCAUUGAAGAAUAUUGGUCCAUCAUGUUUUAUCAGUGCAAUAUUACAAGUCUCCAUGUUUUUAUUGGCAACUUCUGUAGGGAUGCCUGCUGUGCGAAAUUUUGCCUUUUAUGGAGGUGGUGCAGUUUUGAUUAAUUUUUUGUUGCAAAUGACGUGUUUUAUUGGUUUGUUGAGCUUGGAUCAAAAGAGACUUGAAGAAAAUAGAGUUGAUUGUGUUCCUUGUAUUGCUGUUGCUCCAAUUAGUUUGGACAAUACCGAAGAAGAAGAAGAAGAAAGUGGAGACACCCAUCUUGAGUAUAAUUUUUCCAAUUGGAUUGCUAAACAUUAUGCACCAUUUUUGUUGAAGAGAACCACAAAACCUAAGGUAAUUACAUUGUUUGUAUUGUGGGUGGGUAUUUCUUUGAGUUUAUUUCCUGAGAUCAAACUUGGAUUGGACCAAAGAAUUGCAAUUCCUUCGAGCUCUUAUUUGGUGAAUUAUUUCAAUUCAGUUUAUGAUUAUUUAAAUGUUGGUCCUCCGGUGUUUUAUGUGGUGAAAGAUUUAGAUGUUACUGAAAGACAGAACCAACAAAAGCUUUGUGGUCGAUUUUCAACUUGUGAUGAAUACUCAUUGGCCAAUAUUUUAGAACAAGAAGUUAAACGUACACAAGUGUCGAUGCUUGCAGAACCAGCAUCUAACUGGUUAGAUGAUUUCUUUAGUUGGUUGAAUCCAGAUUUAGAUCAAUGUUGUCGAUUCAAAAAGAGUAGUGUAUUUGAAGGUAAUGAUAGACCAGAAUUUUGUUUGCCAAAUGCUCCGCAACGUCAAUGUCAAGCAUGUUAUUUGGAUCAUGAACCUGCGUAUGAUUCUAGCAUGAAUGGGUUCCCUGAGAAUGAUAACUUUAUGUUUUAUUUCAACGAUUGGAUUGAAGAACCUUCUGAUCCUUGUCCAUUGGGUGGUAAAGCGUCACAUGGUCAAGCUAUAUCUAGAACGCCAAAGAAAAUCAAAUCGAGUUAUUUCCGAACAUCGUUUGUUCCAUUAAGAGGACAACAUGAGUUUAUUAAUGCCCAUAGAAGUGGACAUAAUAUUUUACAAGAGAUUAAAAAGUUUUUACCUUCAGUUGAUAUGUUUGUAUUUUCCCCAUUUUUCAUAUUUUUCACACAAUAUCAAAAUAUCGUGUUGUUGACAAUCUUGUUGUUGAGUGUUGCCAUGAUUAUCAUAUUGAUUGUUGGUACAUUUUUGUUAAAUUCAUUUAGAGCAGCAGGUAUUCUCACCCUUACAAUUAUUACCAUCAUGAUUAAUAUUGGAGGAGUGAUGGCCAUGUGGUCGAUCUCAUUGAAUGCGGUGAGUUUGGUUAAUUUGAUCAUAUGUGUUGGGUUUGCUGUUGAAUUUACUGUACAUUUAACUAGAGCCUAUUGUGUGUCUGAAGUUAAAAUGUUUGAUAAUACAUUGGACCAAGAGGUUUACAAUAGCCUUAUCCAUAUUGAACCCGAGAAUAUGAGAAGAAGUUCAAUUACCAGCAUCAAUGCUAAUUUUAGAAACUCCAAAGCAUAUAAUGCGUUGUGUAAAGUGGGAGGAUCCUUAAUUAGCGGGGUUACAUUAACAAAGAUUAUUGGUAUUACAGUAUUGGCAUUUACAAGGUCACAAAUAUUUGAAGUGUACUAUUUUAGAAUGUGGUUAUCAUUGGUAGUCAUUAGUUUUGUUCACGCCUUUGUAUUAUUGCCAGUAUUGUUGAGUUUAUAA